GGGGGGAGCUGACACACUCCCCUGACUGGCUGUGGGGGGAGCUUGGCAGGAGGGGGGGGGGAGUUGAGACAUUCCCCUGACUGGCUGUGGAGAAACAGAGUCCCCCCUCAUAGGCAGCAGGGCUGAAGAGGGGUGAGCCCAGGACCUGAGUGCAGUUGCCCCUGCGCUGGGAGAAGUCCUAGCCUCUGUCAACCUGGGCCUCACUAUGGUUCUGGAUGAGACCUGUAUCUCGCUCCUGCUGAUGGUUGGCACCAUGAUGUUGGUAGGAGGGUGCCGGAAGCUAACCCGACACCAUAUGCAUUCCCGACGCCCUCGCACGUUUCUCCUGGAGCUGUUUGCCACUUUCCAAAUCUGUGCCUGCACCAAUGAGCUCCGGCUGCUGGCCAAUGUGCAGCCCAAGCCACACGUUGCCCUCACCCUCACCUAUGUUUUUACUGUCCUGCAUGGAUUGACUCUGACUGGCAGCACAUGCAACCCCUGUGGCACCCUGCAACAAAUCCUGGAUGGUGGGAUCUCAGUCAAACAGGGUGGGCUGAAGAUUGGAGCUCAGUUUGCUGGUGCAGUGCUGGCCAGAAUUUACAUCCACCACAUCUGGUCCAUGAGGAUUAUUGAGGUGCACUCUGAGGCAUUGGCCGAGGGCUGCAGUAAUCCUAUCCAAACCACUGAGACCCAGGCUUUUUGCAUAGAGCUGCUCUUCUCCGCUGUGUUCCAGCUGACCAUACUGCAAUUUGAGGCUGUUAAACCCAGGCUCAGAGUCCACCUAAUUGCUCUUCUCAUUACUAUGCUGGUGUAUGGAGGAGGAAACCUCACUGGAGCAAUAUUUAACCCAGCAUUGGCCUUUUCAUUACAUGCAAGUUGUUUCCAUGACAAAUUCUGGGAUUAUUCACUAGUGUAUUGGAUGGCACCUUCCUUAGGUACAGUACUUGUGGCCAUUGUGUGGGGUGAAAUCCUUCCUCUGAUAUUCUGAGAUAUUUUAAAAUGGUGAACUCUAGAACUACAUGUGUUAAAAAGACUCUUAAAAACAGAACUGAAUUGCAGCAACACAGUACAUAGAGGGAAGACACCUGGAUACCAGGCAUUGAGAACACUGAUUUCCUUACAGGCUUUCCAGAUGAUUUUAUGUUUUGAAAUACUGUCUUAAAACUUUACAGUAGAAUUGAAUUACAGUAACAAAUUGGUAUGGUGAGAACAAGAAUGAAAGUGUUUAUCACAUAUUUCUCAGUUAAGCCAUUUAUAUGAAGAAAAACACUAUUGCAAAAUGAACUUGUCCUUUUAAAUUUAAUCCAAAAUGCCAUUCAUUGACCUUUCUUUCAAACCUAUAUAAAAUGUCAAUUGUAGAGAGAGAUACAAAAGUUACCUAAACUCUUCAGAUAUCUGCCACUACUGGUUUAAUUACAUCAGACUCAUCAAUAUAUAAUACCCACAAGAGAGGGGAUGGGUUCUGAAAAUUUCAUUCUUGAAAUGAUCUUUGCAUAUUCCCACUUGUGGCAUAUGUAGCCUCUGCAAGGGGGGCUGGGUGGGGCAUGUAGCCCCAAAGGACACUACCCACUACAAAAAAUUACAAAGCUCAGCACCAGAGGCACUGUUUCCCACAAGUGUGAACAUGCAGAGGUGACACUCUUAAAAAAGAUGUUUUACUGAUAAGUACUAACCCACCUUUUCUUCUUGUGAGGAAUCUGCUGCCUGCCACCUCACUAUUGUUUAUUGGCUCAUUAGGGCCCAAUCCUGCAUGAUAGUAAAAGUUGCAGAAUCAGGCCUAUACUUCAAUUAUUUUUGUCCAUUCUUUUUCUGAGUACUAAGUAAUUAAUUCUUGGUCCUGAUUGACAGCAGCGCAUUUUCUAUUGUUAACUUUGCCUAAGACUAGUCAGUAUUAUGAGCAUGAGGAGUCUGAUAGGAGAAUUAAUCAAUACAAUCAAUCAGACAACAAACUCUGAUGACUAUUCAGAGAGCUUGAAUCAUUUGUGACUAUGAUGUCUCUUUAAGGGCUCUCAGUGGGCACGUUUAGUCUUUAGUAUUUUUCUUUGACAUGGAGCAGGACUCUGCCAUACAAAAAAUAACCAGCAGAGCAGCUCUGCUGCCUCAGAAAAUGUACUGCUGCUGUACACCAGACCAGACUGGUCAGAGGCCACCUUUGCUUGUGGUGAAGACCACUCACAGGUUGUGAGCAUUCCACAGUACUGUUUGCAUGGUCAUAGGACAUUUUUCUCUCUAUGUUUUUAUAAUACAAUUAACAUAGAAAACACUUUGCCCCCUCUCGUCUGUGCAAAAACAUAAUUUUGUUUAAAAUUUUAUGUAGAGGGGCUGGUUGUAUUUCUCCAUUUAUGUUUAGCAGGUUUGAAAGGGGAUCAAGUUAACAAGUUUUAUACACAAGUGAGAUACUGAAGCACAGGACUCUCGCAAAGCAGACAGGAGAGUUUGCACUAUUAGAUUCUAGUAUCAAACAGUAAUCUCACCCAGACUUUAAAAAGCUGUAAGGUGAAUAUUUUAUGGAUACCACUAGGUAUUUUGCCUGUGGCCAGUCUGGUUAAUUUUCAGAGUAAGUAGUACUGCCACAGAUAAGCACAUUUUGCCUUUUUUUGUUUUAAAUAGCUGUGCAUAUGUAAGAUGUUACAAAUGGCCUUGUAGUCUCUUGGCUGUUAGCCUUAUCUCAGCUAAAUUUCCUCUCAAUUUAAGAUGGAGUGGGCUUACUUCAGAGCCAAUUCCAAGUAUUGCUGUAAGAUAUAAAAACUGAAAAAAAAAAGUCACCUCUUCAACAUACUUAGUCUGCCUUAGUCCAGAUCUGCAAAUGUUGCAACCUCCUGAUCUCUUUCUCCCAGCUCACACUAUAAUGCAUUUAGAAACAGCCAGAGAGACAUUUGAAAUUAUUUUUAUUUGACACGUUGCUGUUAGGGAUUUCCAGAAUCUUUAAGAUGACUGACAAAAAGAGAUGACUCACCACUAAUUCAUUUAAAAUCUUAAAUAAAAAAAAUAGUGAGACCUGCAAAACUGAACUCUGAGCUGUAACCUAGACUCAAGAUUAGAGGUCAGCAAACUAUCAGUGUUGACCUAAUAUUGGUCUGUUUAUAGAUUUGAUGCUGCCCAGUUAUUUUUCUUGUAAGCUUUUAAAUCUGCCCUUUGGUAAAGUGAAAUUGCUACUCAGUACAGUCCUACAUAAACAAAAAUCUGUUCACACCAAGCUUACUUAAGGGAUGAUGCAUCAAAUUGCCCACAAAGCAAAACAAAAUUUCAUCAAUAUUUCAGAAAUAUAAAGCUAUGGAUGAAUAAAAUCUGCCUUUUAAACACUGAAAUAUAAAUUCCUGGCCUUGAUUAGGCUGCAGGCCUCAUUUUGCAGUAGGAACAGAUCAGAUUGUUUUUGUACUAUAAAAAUACUUGGUAUUGAAUGAAUUAAGCCUUACUGAGCAGAUAUUUUUCUUAAUCUCUUAUUUUUACAAGUGUUCUGGAGGUAAAUUAUAUAUUGUUAGUGCUUCAGAUAAUGUUUUAAAUCUAGUGUUUUGUUCUCAAUAAAAUCUUUGCUUGUAUAUUUUUCCUUGCAUUUUAGAUACACGGAUUCAGAACUCAGUAUGAGAUGAAAUGACUAACCUAAUUGCCCAAACUUUCAUACAAUAGGACCCCAGCACACAAACAUUCACUGCUGUAUUUCUGUAUUCAGUAAUUUAAAAACAAAAAAUGUAGCUUGCCAUGUGCCAGUGUUGGGAGGGCUUCUAAGACCUUAUCCACUUGGUUCUCAGCUUGAUUCUAAACUCAUCACCCAGGUUUAUUUAUUAGCUUAAAAUCAAACUACAUUUGAGUUGAUCAGGCUCCAGGGGAUACCAGAUAA